GAUAACAAAUUGAGUCCCAACUCUGUGAAAUUUCAUUUGACCAAAGGCGAGGGUUUUGAGUCUAACAAAAUGCCCAUUCCGUUGCUGACGAAUACUGAGGCCCUGGGACCUGACAGGGUUCUCCUCAUAUGGCAGAAUCCGGAUAGAUCAGUCGAUAUCGAUGGGUUUUAUGUGAAUCAUAGGGCCUCAACAACUGCCGGGGAUUACAUUAAGACGACUGUCGAAGGGAAAAAUUCGACGAAUAUUACUAUCUCGUAUCUUCAACCGGAUACAACGUAUGAGUUCAAGGUUCAGAGUUUUUCGGUUGGGGCUGCUUCGGAAUUCUCUAAGAUUAUCAGGGAGAAGACUCUUAAGGCUGUGACCGAACCACCGAGGGUGGAAACUGCUGUUCCUGAUAAUGUACCGAAGAGCACUGGCAAUGGACAGAGCGGGAGUCUCUAUGCUAUCAUUGGAGGGGCACUCGGGGGAGCUGCUCUUCUCGGGGUCAUGGGGGCCAUCGUCGUGGUUUAUAAGAGGAGCAGUAUUAAACAAAAUAGAGACGCAUCUCAAAAUCAGGGAAAACACAUGACGAAUGGUCGAGUGCUGAACGGUGGAGUGACGGAUUCAAAGAUCAACAUAACGUCGAAUCCCCUAGCUGUCCUCGACACGUCAGAGACGACUCAAGCCACGAAUAACAUGAAUUCCCUGCCUAAGAGCGGACAAUAUGCAUCCAUGGAGAUGACGUCUUUCGUUAAUGGCCAGAACAACAACACGAGCGCCAGCGAGACAACAGCUGCCACUGGGCCCAAUUCUCAUACUGUUCGGAGUGAUACAUCAGGAACAGAAUCCAUCGAUCAUCAUCUCUGAACUCCAUUCAACUAUCAUAAGCCAUUUUAAUAUUUAUUCGCGAGGUAUUGAGAGAUUGAUGACUCAACGCUCAAUCAUUACAACCUGAGACUUCUUUUUUAAGAUUAUUAAUAGCGAUUAUUCGAGUGACUUUGGCAGCUCUGGGAGAUUAAUCAGUUACAUGAGAUUAAUUAUUUUUGUAAGGUGUUCCUCAAUGUGUAAAUAGUACAGUAGGUUCAAUGGUCAUUUGAGGAUUAACACAUCACUCUCGAGUAUUAUCAACGAGCAACUAUCUGGCUUUUAUUAGAUUCUUGAGGAUAUCCAAGCACCUCCUGCUGUUUGGUACGCAUCGUACUACACAUUUUUCAAUUUUUUAUUAGUCAAUUCAUGAAUUAAAUUGCGUCAUGCAAUUUUUCAGAAAAUUCAUGGAUUUUCAAGAGUGUGAAAACUCGGUACAUUGGACUAAUUUUUUUUUAAGUGUCUUUUUUCUAAAUGAAGGCUUUGGAUUUGUCAUUUGAAUUUAUGAAAACGUUUUUUUGCCGACGUUUCAUAUAUCGUCAAACAUUGCAAUUAUCCACAUACUUGGGAUUUUAUCGAUUUUUAAAUUCGAGUAUUUUUUUGGUAAUUUAGAAAUAAAUAGAUUUUAGAUCGAAGAAUGAUUGAGAAGUUUAAAUUUAAGUGCCAAAGUACUUGGACAUCCUCGAGAUUAUAUAUUUUUUCUCAAUAGAUCGCUAGAAGCCAUACCGCCGCUUUAGCUAACAGUAUUGUUUCAUUUUUCACGUAUUCGUAGUCCCCAAAGUUAUGUUCAAAGCAAUACAUCAAUUUUGGAAGUCACUGGGUUUGAGAGACCGGUGAAUCAAGUGCCUAAAUGUAAAAUUUCGGAGGUGAUACUUUUGGUUGUGCAACACAAGAUUUAUUUAUCGGAUAUUGACCUGCGUUUUCGAUUGAUGGAUAAUUGAAGAGAUAAAUUGUAUAUAAAAUUUGUAGAAUUGUAUUGUUAUGGUUUGUUUAGCGUAAUGCAAUUGGAAGAAAUAAAAUUGAGGGAGCGAUGAUUCAGAUACGUGCAUAUUAUGUAUCGUGAAUCGAUGGGACUCUGAAAUUUUUGGGGAGUAAAGUAGUGCAAUGGAGUUGAGAGACAUUGUACAUAAACAUUUUUAUAGAUUUUCAUUCACUUUUAGUGGUAUAUUAUGUGCCUUGCACCUUGCCCCGACGACUUUUGUGAGAGAAUAUUUAUAUACACCGA